UACGUGAACGAAAACGCUGGUACAGUUUACUUAAGUUUUCCUUAUGGAGUUUGUAGUAAUGGAAUAAAGGUGGAGAAGAUACCAGACGGCCCAAGAACCAGUGCCCCACUUUGUCUUCUCCCAGAGCUGACCUAUCAUAUCCCCAAUGCAGACCAUCUCUUUCUGAGAGACACCAGUGAUGUCUCAGUGGGAAACCUUAGCUGGCAGCUGCAGAAACAAGCUUUCAUCAUGACUGGGCUAGCUGGGCAUCCAGCCAUGAAUGUCAGCUAUGGGCCAAUGUCUGUGGAGCAGGCUAUCCCUCUGGAGCUGCUCCAUGCUCAACACAAGGUCCGAGCCUUCUUCUUUCGCCAGGUGCAUUCCUCAUCCCCUGUCAUACGAGUGGUAGUUUAUGCCACAAGCAAGACAGAGGUUAUAAAUGAUGUUUUAGGCCAAGUGAGUUCAGGUCUUAGUGCGGAUGGGUAAAUAUACAUCACAGCGCCUGGCUUCUGGGAACCAGAGGAAGUCCGAGGUGCCUCUGCUGUUCCUGCAAAUGGAGGCUUCUGCUUGGCCAGUUUGACGGAGCCAGCGUAGUUCACUCCAGGCAGUGCCAGCUGGUCCAGCUGGGAGAUGAGAGGGGAUUCUCGGGGGACUGUGGUGGAGGUCUAUUACUACACCAGGCCCAGUCCCACCACCUUGUGUCUCCCUCGGGACAGUGAACAGUGGCAGCCUCGUGGUUUGCAGAGACAGGGCUCUGAAUCCAACAUGAAGAAAAUUGGCAAUGUGAAUCUCCUAUGCUCACCUCCUGGGAACCCCACAUUUAUGCAGCUGUGUCUAGGUGGAACUGUGAUUGUGCAGACCUGCUCAAAACCUCUGAAGAACCCAAACAUCACCACUUUCUACAUCUUCAUGUCUAGUACAUCCAGUGUAGAGCACUUUUUAUACUUUAUAGGUGGGUACUUUAAACAUGUUUAUUUACAUCCCUUUAUGUGUUAUGCAGGUACAAAGAAGCUGCUGAACACAGCCGUGCUGACUGCUGACUGGAAAGAAGGUGUUGGUGCCGGUGACGGUGGUGCUGGGAGUCUCACUCGCCGCAGGUCCGCCGCCGAAGGCACCCUGAAGUGUGAGAGCCUAUAUCUGAUUGGAGAAGAGACAAGAGGCAGGGUGAGGAUGAUGGUAAACUUCACCUACAGCUACCUGAGUGCCCAGCUGGAGAUCAGCGUGUGGGUGCCCCACCUUCCCCUGCAGGUGGACAUACCUGACCCCGAGCUCAGCCAGAUCAAGGGCUGGAGGGUGCCCGUCUCUGGGUACAAGAAAUUAGACUUUAGCAUACGUUGCAGCUGGGACACUGCAGAGGAUGAUGAGAGGAAGGGCAGAGGUUGCUUGCUGCAGUACCAGCACCGCCGCAUCCAGGUAUUGGUGACCUUCACGGCUGAGAGCGCUCACUCGGAAGCUCCUUCCCCUGUGUACUUCCUGGGCUCUGGCUGACUGGUGGACAUCUCUCGGUUGAUCCGCUACUCUCUGUGGGUGGGAGAUGUGAGUGUGGCCCAGCUGCAGGCAGGAACGGUGCUCAGUGGCAGGGCUCCUGGAAUCACCAGAGUCCAGGUGAUGUCGCUGCUGUUGGACUCGGUCCUGGCUGAGAGGGUGGUGCGGGUGCUGGAUGAUAAAGUGAGUAUCACUGAGCUAGGAGUGCAGCUGGUCUCGGGCCUCUCACUGAACCUGCAGCUCAGCACAGGCAGCAGCAGGGCCAUUGUGGCCACUACCACCACGCAGGACACCAUGCACAACCCCAAACAGAUGGCAGUGGUUGCUUGCUGGGUGCUGUUCAGAGAUGGCUCUCAGGCUCCCCUUGACCUGUUCGAUCCCAGCGGCUACAUGCUCACCCUCAACUCCUUGGAUAAGAGGGUAGCGUCAGUGCGGAUGGUUCCGGGCCCUGCCGUGGUGGCAGAAGCAGAAGGACAGGCCCUGCUGCUCCGAGCGGAACUGGCCAUCUGUGACACCUGUCAGAAAUCCAAACGCAAGAGCGCGCUGGCCACAGGCACAGGCAACGUCAGGGUCAAAUUUCUGUCGGCAGAGCAGCGGGGUGGAGUGAGAAGGAGGACAUGGGCUGGCGCCCGGGGUCUGGCUGACCAUGGUACCUGCACUGAACCUGUGGACAGUGAGUCCAAAGUGAGCUUGACUUCCUCUCAUGGCCUGGUUGAAAUCCCCAGGAAUACAUUUACUGGCAUGCAAGAGAACACCAUCAGAGAGAUAACCACAACCUCAAACAAGUCAAGCCUGCUAGAGCCAAUUGGAAUGCCUGUGUCCAGUAAUGGCCAGCCAGUAAUGUGGGGAAGCGUGGGACUGUUGCUGGAACGGUUGACCCAGCAAAUGUUCAGAGGAAGAACUACAGCGACCUUUACUGAUAGCUCAGAGAAGAAAACCAAGGAGCACCCACGCUUAGCGGAAAACAAUUUGGUAGGGCCAUUGUUUUUUACAGACUUGGAGUUCUGCAUCUACUCACUAGUAGUGGUCUCCUGCUUGGCAGUCAUAGCCUUCCUGCUUAACUGUGCCACUCACAGUGCGAGGUCACGCAGUAAGAACCCCCCAGAGCAGUGCCAAGGCCCUGAUCAGAACAGGCAUCAGUGGGUCUGCCUGGGCAUAGCUGCAGAGCAAGACAGAGCUAAGCCAAUUGCAACCACAUACAAGCAGCAGGUGCCAAGUACUGCAGAGAUGCCAAGAGGCAUGGAAAAGCAGAGGCCCACAGAGAGGCCCAGAGCUACAGAGAUGCCAAAGCAAAAGACAUGCGCAGUAUCAAGUGAGGAAUGGCCCACCAUCCUGGGGAGGAUUGCCACCCUGCCCCUGAGAGACUCUAUUGCAGUUAGAUCAGCCAGUGCACUGGCAGAGCCAGUACACAGUGAACCACUGCAUUCUUCGACUAGCAAAAGGAACCAGGUGAAUAAAAUUGACAUUCGGCACUUGGCUGUGCUCAAGUGGAAUGGGCUGGAGUUCAGUUGGAUGAGCCAAGCUGCUAAAGAGGCAACAGUUAGCAUGCCUGUGGUGCUUCGAGUUAAUAGGAAGAUGCUAGUACCUCUUGGGCAGGUGCGUGGAAAACCUCCAUGCAGGAGACAGCCAAAACCGAUCAGUCUGCAGUGGGCAAUUGCAACAGCAGCCGGCAGUAACCAGGUGGCCAGCUGGGCCCGUGGGCUGGGAACGGCAGUGGCGGUCCAUGAUGAGCGUGGGGCAUGUGUGCCCUGCAAGCACACAAGUAUGGCUUACGUCAGCUGGCACCAGCACAUGGCAGAAAUCGCACACAGUUGUUUCUGCUGA